GCCCGGUGAGCGCGGCUGCCUCGCCACUUCGGGUCCCUGCGCCUCCUCUUCUCCUGACGUCUUGGGGGGCGGCCCCGCUGCUCCCCUGUCCUGGGGCGCCGCUGCCCUGGGUCACGAGCCAGGCCCCGUCGGGGGAGGUGGGAGAGGGAGUGAGCGUGACCUUGGCUCCACUCUUGUCUGGCCGCCGCCUCUCCUAGGAACCCCAGCCCUUCGCGCUCGUUCGACCCUGUGAAUGCAGUGUUUUGCGUGAAGGAGCGACUUGCUAACGAGUUCCUGCUGGUUGCCCUGAGGAGCCUACUUUCCCUCCCUUGAGAAGACCACCCUCUUUGCCACAAAAUGAGUCAGCUGAGGCUGCUGCCAUCCCGGCUGGGGGCACAGGCCUCGAGGCUCCUGGCCUCCCAUGAUGUCCAGAUAUUCGGCUGGCGCAGCAGGUCGUCUGGGCCACCGGCCUCUUUCCCAAGCAGCAAGCAUGGAGGCAGCUCCAGUUACAUGGAGGAGAUGUACUUCGCCUGGUUGGAAAACCCCCAGAGUGUCCACAAGUCCUGGGACAGCUUCUUCCGGAAAGCCAGUGAGGAAGCUGCCUGUGACCCGGCCCAGUCACGGGUCCCUGAGAGCAGGCCAUCAGUCUCGAGCCGGACCAAGACCAGCAAGCUGGUGGAGGACCACCUGGCUGUUCAGUCCCUGAUCCGGGCCUACCAGAUCCGAGGCCACCACGUGGCCCAGCUGGACCCCCUGGGCAUUCUGGACGCAGACCUGGACUCCUUCGUGCCUUCAGACUUAAUCACAACCAUCGAUAAAUUGGCAUUCUAUGACCUGCGGGAGGCUGACCUAGACAAGGAGUUCCAGCUGCCCACGACCACCUUCAUCGGCGGAUCGGAGCAUACGCUCUCUCUGCGGGAGAUCAUUCGGCGCCUGGAGAGCACAUACUGCCAGCACAUCGGCCUGGAGUUCAUGUUCAUCAAUGACGUGGAGCAAUGCCAGUGGAUCCGGCAGAAGUUCGAGACGCCUGGUGUGAUGCAGUUCUCCAGCGAGGAGAAGCGGACCCUGCUGGCCCGGCUGGUGCGCUCCAUGAGGUUUGAGGACUUCCUCGCCCGGAAAUGGUCCUCAGAGAAGCGAUUUGGCCUGGAGGGCUGUGAGGUCAUGAUUCCUGCCCUCAAGACCAUCAUCGACAAAUCCAGUGAGAUGGGGAUCGAGAACGUCAUCCUGGGAAUGCCUCACAGGGGCAGGCUGAAUGUGCUGGCCAAUGUGAUCCGCAAGGACCUGGAGCAGAUCUUCUGUCAGUUUGACCCCAAGCUGGAGGCAGCAGAUGAGGGCUCCGGAGACGUCAAGUAUCACCUCGGCAUGUACCAUGAGAGAAUCAACCGGGUCACCAACAGAAAUAUCACUUUGUCCCUUGUGGCCAACCCCUCACACCUGGAAGCUGUGGACCCUGUGGUGCAGGGAAAGACGAAGGCAGAACAGUUCUACCGAGGGGAUGCCCAGGGCAAGAAGGUCAUGUCCAUCCUGGUUCACGGGGACGCCGCCUUCGCCGGCCAAGGCGUGGUGUAUGAGACCUUCCACCUGAGUGACCUGCCCUCCUACACCACCAACGGCACCGUGCACGUCGUCGUCAACAACCAGAUUGGCUUCACGACAGACCCCCGCAUGGCCCGCUCAUCACCGUACCCCACUGAUGUGGCCCGUGUGGUCAACGCGCCUAUCUUCCAUGUGAACGCAGAUGACCCAGAGGCCGUGAUAUAUGUGUGCAGUGUGGCAGCUGAGUGGAGGAACACCUUCAAUAAAGAUGUUGUUGUGGACCUGGUCUGUUACCGCCGGCGUGGCCACAAUGAGAUGGAUGAGCCCAUGUUCACGCAGCCGCUCAUGUACAAGCAGAUCCACAGGCAGGUGCCUGUGCUGAAGAAGUAUGCAGACAAGCUCAUUGCUGAAGGCACUGUCACCCUGCAAGAGUUCGAGGAAGAAAUUGCCAAAUACGACCGGAUCUGUGAGGAAGCGUACGGCAGAUCCAAGGAUAAAAAGAUCCUGCAUAUAAAGCACUGGCUGGAUUCCCCCUGGCCUGGCUUCUUCAAUGUGGAUGGGGAGCCAAAGAGCAUGACGUGCCCGGCCACAGGCACUCCCGAGGACGUGCUGACCCACAUUGGUGAAGUGGCCAGCUCCGUGCCCCUGGAGGACUUUAAGAUCCACACAGGCCUCUCUCGAAUCCUGCGGGGCCGUGCAGAUAUGACCAAGAACCGGAUGGUGGACUGGGCACUGGCAGAGUACAUGGCUUUCGGCUCCCUGCUCAAGGAGGGCAUCCACGUGCGACUGAGUGGGCAGGAUGUGGAGAGGGGCACGUUCAGUCACCGGCACCACGUUCUCCAUGACCAGGAAGUUGACCGGAGGACAUGCGUCCCCAUGAACCACCUUUGGCCUGACCAGGCCCCCUACACUGUGUGCAACAGCUCCCUCUCAGAGUAUGGAGUCUUGGGCUUUGAGCUGGGCUAUGCCAUGGCCAGCCCCAAUGCCCUGGUCCUCUGGGAGGCUCAGUUUGGUGACUUCCACAACACAGCCCAGUGCAUCAUCGACCAGUUCAUUAGCACUGGCCAGGCCAAGUGGGUGCGGCACAACGGCAUCGUUCUGCUGCUGCCCCAUGGCAUGGAGGGCAUGGGCCCGGAGCACUCCUCAGCAAGGCCCGAGAGGUUCCUGCAGAUGAGCAACGACGACUCCGACGCCUAUCCGGUGUUCACCAAGGACUUCGAGGUGAGCCAGCUCUACGACUGUAACUGGAUUGUCGUCAACUGCUCCACACCGGCCAACUACUUCCACGUGCUGCGCCGCCAGGUCCUGCUGCCCUUCCGCAAGCCGCUGAUUAUCUUCACACCCAAGUCUCUGCUGAGGCACCCGGAGGCCAAGUCCAGCUUUGACCAAAUGGUAUCUGGGACCAGCUUCCAGCGGGUGAUUCCUGAGGAUGGGGCUGCGGCACAGGCUCCCGAGAGGGUGCGGCGGCUCAUCUUCUGCACCGGAAAGGUGUACUAUGACCUGGUGAAGGAGCGGAGCAGCCAGGGCCUGGAGGAACAAGUGGCCAUCACCCGCCUGGAGCAGAUCUCUCCAUUCCCCUUCGACCUGAUCAAGCGAGAGGCAGAGAAGUACCCGGACGCAGAGCUGGUGUGGUGCCAGGAGGAGCACAAGAACAUGGGCUACUAUGAUUACAUCAGCCCGCGCUUCAUGACCAUCCUGAGCCGGGCGCGGCCCAUAUGGUACGUUGGCCGUGACCCAGCGGCUGCACCGGCCACAGGGAACAGGAACACUCACCUGGUUUCUCUGAAGAAGUUUCUGGAUACUGCCUUUAAUCUCCAGGCCUUUGAGGGCAAGACAUUUUAGAGCUGGGAAGGCCUGGCUGGGGACGUGGAGGCUGGCGAGGGGAGGGAAAGGUGUGCUCCUGCCCAGAGAGGGGCUGUCCAGAGCCCCAGCUAAAACAUUACUCACAGACAUGAUUAAGGCCGAAGGGUAGGCACUGCCGGCUUCAGUGUUCUGCUACCGAGGGCCAUUGUGUCUAUGUCAGAAUCCGUUAGGACGGGCAAGCCAGAGGGCGCUGACAGAUGGCUGUGGUUCGGGAGUGUUUCCCCACUUGCUCUGGUCUUUCUGAAAUUUUUGUGUGGCUUCUCCGUCUCUGCCAUUCAUGUCUCCAUAGACAGCCACCCGGAGGCCCAUGUCUUCGGUCCCUCUCUCCCGUCCUCGUAGAUCUGGCUGCUGCUUCCCCUGUCCUUGCUCAUCUGUAGAUUCAAGGAAUGUUCUCUUUUGUGCUCUUAGAAAUAAAGAUUUCAGCAAUAACAACCAGGUGAAGCAAAACCAUGCCAGGUGAUUUAUAUGUGCUCUGUUUUAUGGGGCGUGUCAUAAUGAGGUAUGUCAGCUUCUGUGUGAAAUACAGCCGCAGCUCAAGUGUACCAAAGCAGAAAACCAAAUAACAAAGAAAUAAAAAAAUGCUUAAGAGAG